AUGGCUGAAUGCCUUGAGCGUAUGUCUACCUCAACUACUCUUGAGGAGAAGCCUUCACUUGACUCUAUUCGAGAGAAACUUGCAACCUUUGAAAGCUCUGCAAUCAACUCUAAAAUCAAACAAAAAGAUAAUCAAGACAAAUUUAACAAUAUAAAUGAGAUGAUAUGUAAUUUGAAUGAUCAAUUAUUACGAGAAUCUCAGGAACGUUUACAGUCUAAGGAAACACUUCAGAAAAUAACUGAAGAUGCUGCGAACAGAAUGUUAACAAGUGUUCAAACUAAAUUAAAUCUAAAAGUCCGAACCUUGGCAGAGAAAUUGGAUAAUUUAAUUGACAAAUGUAUUGCACUAGAAAAUUCUGUCAAUGAACUUGAUAAUAAAAUUAAUCGUUCAAAUUAUUUGGAAAUGGUAGAAAGUGAUAUAAAUGAACUUGGUACUGCUGUUAAGAAUGAUAUUAUAUUGAAAGUUGAUAAGGAUACUGAUAUUUUAGAUCGUAUUUGUUACUUACAAAAUUCUAAUCGCAUCAAAAUUAAUGAUAAUAAUAUAUGGAAUAACGAAUGUAUUAAGGAAAUUAAACAAAAUAUUAAUCAAUUCAAACAAGUAUGUGAAAAUGAGAAUGAAAUGUUUUUAAAGUAUAUUACAGUGGAAUUGAAUAACUUGAAAACGGCACUUGAAUCUACUAGCGCUUCAAGAAAACAAUCUGAUAAUUUCAUACUUCAAACCAUCGAUCAUAUGAUGUCUUUCCUACCCAAACUCACUAAUAAUUAA